AGUAACCAAAAGAGAGCCGAAAGAAACACAGCACAGUUAAACCCUAAGUUCCUGACCGCUGUUCCCCCUCAAUUUUAGUGGCUAUGAUCAAGAAGAAAUCUAAAAUCACAGUUCAAUUGAUGGCAUCAAUGAUGAAGAAAUGGAUUUUUACAUACAGCAGAAGAAGAAGAGCAAGAAAAGGAGGAAAGCGGGAAGAACAGGAGUAGUAGUAGAACGGAGACAUCUUCCAGAGGAGAUCAUCAUGGACAUCCUCACAAGGUUACCAGUUAAAUCCAUCUUAAGAUUCAGAUCUGUUUGCAAGAACUGGUACCAUCUGUUCAGAAACCCUGAUUUUAUUAAAAUGCAUUUAUACCAUUCUAAUCGAAUGAACUACUUUAGUCUCAUCCUUACCAAAUACGAUGAUGAUGGUUUUGCUACAUUUCCUUCAGUUGAUUACAACCACUCAUUGUCUUUAUUUGAUCAGCGUGUGAAGUUUUGUUGUCCAUUGAAGUACCGCCAAUGCUUAGUCGAAAUCCUUGGCUCUUGUAACGGUUUGAUCUGCCUUAAAUCAAAACCUAAAGUGGUUUGCAUUUGGAACCCAUGUACGAAUGAGUACGUGAAAUUACCACGAGUUUCAGGUAUUCCUAGUAUUAGAAGCUAUGGGUUUGGUUACGAUUGCAAGACUUGUGAUUACAAGGUAGUGAGAAUUGUUACUGGUGAUUGGGAUUCUUUUUCGCGCGUCAUAGUUCAUACUUUAGGAAGAGACUCGUGGAGAAUCCUCCAGGAUAUUCCUUAUAGUAUUUGUAUCAGCAGAGAAAAUGGGGUGCAUUUAAAUGGGGUUCUUCAUUGGAUGCUAAAUCCUAGCAGCAGAGUCGAUAAAGGAACUAGAGUUAUUGUUUCUUUUGAUAUAGGUGACGAGAAUUUCAAAGAAAUGCAACUACCUUUCCUUUGUGUGAAAAACGUGGACGUGUGGAUAUAUCUGAUUUUGCUCUUUGUUUGUUGGGUGGUAACCUUUACUUACUUAGGAAUCCGCUUGAUAGUGCCAGUGUGGAUGUAUGGAUUUUGAAGGAAUAUGGAGUGAUGGAUUCUUGGACUACACUUUUUAGCAUUAGCACAUUGAACACAUGUAUCAAUUUGAGGCCAAUACAGUCUUUUCAGAAUGGUGAGAUCUUACCAUGUAAAGUCUGGGGUAUUUUUUCAAACAAGCAUAAUGAGGAUUUAAUGUUGUAUAACCCAAUAAGCAGAAGAACGAAAUUCAUGGAUACACAUGCUUAUCAAAAAUUGGACAACGUGCACACUUAUGUUGGUAGUCUAGUUUCUGUUAAAUCAGUUUGUAAUGUAGUCCAAGAAGAAUCAUUGGACGCAAUAGUAUGAUGAAUAGAUAAAGGAGAAGAUGGUUGAUGUAAGUGUGUUUUCUAGAAACAUGAUGUUCCUGCGUUCAUCUGUUGGGCAAACAAUCCACACACAAUGUACAAAAGAUGGUAGAGAUUGGAUUUCAAAAUGGUGUUCGAGUUUUACCCAAAAUCAACAUGUCUGGACAUACUGGAUCAUGGGUGGAAGCAUAUCCCGAGAUUGUCACAUGCGCAAAUAUAUUUUGGCAACCAGCAGGAACUGCCUGGGAAGAUCGUCUUGUGUCUGAACCAGGAACUGGACAGCUUAAUCCUCGAAAGCCCAAAAUUCAUGAAGUCACUCACAGUGUCUUAAAAGACAUGGCACCUCUCUUCCCUUAAGGUUUCUUCCUUACCUGGGCUUACAAAGUAAUCUCUGGUUGUAAGAAAGCUGAUCCAACAUUCCAAAAUUUUCUGUCAAAUGGUGGAACCUUUUAAUCAAAUCCUCAUAUCGCCAUCAACUCAACUCUCCCUUCCAUCACAUCCCUCAACUAUACUAAUGUUGUUUAUUGGGAAGAUGCCUUACUUGUCCAUCCUUUGUUCCUCCCUAAAGACAGUGUAAUUUUACAAACCUGGAACAAUGGCCCAAACAACACGAAGCUAAUUGUUUC